CCUAUAUAGCCCACAGCGAAGAGAUCAAUAUUUAAUGGUGAGAAUGUGCAGGAAUGUAACAUUUGACAUGUGUUAGUAGUUGUAGCAGUAGAAUUUUUAUUUAAUUCCUCUUUUAGAGUGAGUGUGGACAUUCAUUCCUGCCCUGUUUCCAACUACGAGCUUUCAUUACCCCCCCUCCACACACACACCCUCCUCCUCCACCUCCGCAUCCCCUCCCUCCCUCCUUUACUCUCAUUUCUGGGCCCAAAAUCAGGUUAGUGUUUUAUAAGGAGCUUAGCGCAGAAGGCCACAGUGUGCUCCUAAUGUAAUAGAGUAUCUCUCCUCCUCUCUCUCACACUCCCUCCCGCCUUCUCUGUCUCAUUCUAUUCUGUCCUCUUUUUGUGCAUGUCCCACCAUAGAGUGACCUUCUCCCUCUCUCUCUGGCACUCACUCCGCCUUCUCUCCUCCCCCUCCUGUCUCUCUGCAGAUGUGGACGACAAACCUGCAGGUUCAAACAGGACAGGACGCUGACAACACAACUCGGGGGACAACAGACAGCUAAGUCCUGGGUUGACUCGCGGUGUACCUAAUGUAAUGUCCUGCAAGCGUGCAGCCAUCUCAUUAAAAGGACAAAAGGGUGCACACCGCACCCUCUAACAGCAAAGUGAACUGGUUCUUGUUGGCUCUUGCCAUCUGGACUUUUGUGCCGACCAGUUUGUACCAGGCAGACAAAUGGAGGCCUUCUCGGCGAAUACAGAGGUGUGUGCUGAAGAUAGUUCAGAACCACCAAAAUCCAGAGUCAAGUUUCCCGGGGCUCGUCUGUUUACGAGAAGCAAGCGAGCAGGCGUGGAGUUCAGUGCCAAGUUCAGCCAGUCGGCCAGUGACAUCCUUGCAGGAAAGGCGCCGGGAUCCGAGGAUGAUUUGGCAUGCCCCCAGGGAAUUAUGGGAUCUCGAGCGCUCUCCCACGACAGCAUCUUCUGGGCCGACCAGGUGCAGACAGAUGACGACAAUGAGCCAGUCAGGGUGUCAUCCCAGGAGAACGUCCUCGGCAAAGUCAAAGCUUUGCAGGUGAAGCUUCUGCAGCAGAAGAUGCAUCUGGGACCGCCUCCUCUUGUUCUGCCCAUCAGGCGACAAGAGAAUGGGGGUGGCAACUCUCAUGAGGGCCCUGCUCCUCACAAGAGCCCUGAAUUUUCUACUGUGGAUGUUCCAACCCAUGGAGCCCUCAGAAAGGUGGCAUCACACCCACUCUCCCCCAUCUUCAAACCUCCAGCAUCCAAAUUUGGGGCCGCCACUACGCCGUCCCCAACGUUCAUCCCAUCUGGUCCCGCUGUCACUUCUCCUGGCGAGUUCCCGCUGGACUUUAGCACUCCGGCCCAGUUCACCCCUUCUUUGGACACGUCUGCUGCCCGGCAUCGUAUGUCCAUCAAGCCCCGCAACCAGAGGGUCAGCACCAAGAGGAGGGCGGCUGAACCUGAUGCUAAGGUGGAUGACAUGAACAACCAUCCUGAACCUGUGGCAGAUGAACACGCUAAGGAGGAAGUCAUAUUGGAAGAACGAGGCGAAAUCAAGGUGUCACAACAAACCUUUCCGAAAUCCACCCAGCCCGAAGCGUUCCGAUCGGAAGCCACUCUGGACCGCGCUUUACCUGGCAGAUGCUCUCCCGUGUCCUCUCAAGAGCUUCAAGCGAAGCUUCAGAGGCGAGCACUUGUAGUAUCAAGCGAGAGAGCACAUCCGUACUCAGCGGAUUCUGGAAUUGAAAGAAAGACCCACAAAAAGAGUGAAAUCAUCUCCUUCAGCCAGCUGUCCAAUAGCUGUGCAUCGGCGUUGUCCAGAUCCGCAAUUUGUCUGCAGGAUGAAGCCGACGUAGACAGCGUGAGAGGACUAAAAAGACCUGGAUCUGGAUCCUUUCAUUCCUCCAUUACCUCUGCCAAGAGCCGCAUCGAAGACAGACCGCGAUCAGGCAGUUUUGUGGGAGUUGUAGGACAAGCGGGGUCCAGACACAAGGUAGGAGGACCAGUCGAGGACAUGAUGUCAAGCUUGAGGCAAAGGGAUGAGCGUAAGGAUCUGCAGCCAGGAGGUAGGCCUUUUGCAGUGGGGAAACUUAGACAAGAGCAGAAAAGCUCAGGACAUCCCUGCGAAAGGCAGGAUAGUGCGAAAAAUGUCGAAGGAGCUAAAGCCGUAGAUGCUGUCCCAUCGCAGGAAGUGGAGGGGGUCGUAGUGGCCACAAAGGUGGAAAUCAAGGUGGAAGGAGAAGAAGAAGCAAAGACCAUGUUUGGUUUUAAACUCCGCUCCACCUCUAACUCCAUGCGAUUUUGGUCCGACGGAUCUUCCGGGCGUCAGUCGAGGAAGUCGUCGAGUGAGGAGCCGAGCGUUGGACUGAAAAGUCAAGAAAGCCGAGAUAGCGAUAGCCUGUCCAAAAAUGCGAAUGCAGGAGAUUUCACACAGACAGAUCCAGUGCUCUCAUGCAAGCCUAGCCCUCCGUCUAUCUUUGAGGCUCCCACCUUACCAACAGACGUCCAAUCAACCUCCUUAAAUCAGUCUCAGGAGCUUCAAUCGACCCCGCAAACAAGUUCCCCCGAGGUAUCCUGGAUGAGUCUGGCAAUGGAAAAGACCAGAAGCCUCCAGCAGCUUUUUGCGAGACGAUUUCCAAAGGACUGCUCGAGUACGGCUCCGCAAAUACCAGAGCAGACAGCAAAUUCUGCUGAGAUGUUAAAUGAGAAAUCUCAGUCUGUAAGAUUGCAAGAAUGGGAGAAACCAGCACACGAUGGCGGCGGCGGCGGCAGAGUCGUAACGGAGCACGGCGAAUCAUUCCAGAAGACGACAGUCAACACCUGGAAAGAACCCGAAGCGCCGCAAUCACAUGUAAAUACAAGUCAACCGGCCUUGCAAAGAACCGUAUGGACAAAAUGCGGGUCUCCAUCACGCUCCGCUGCUCAGUCAGACACCCCGUCUCAGUUUGGAACAGGGACGACUGUCGCUCAAUCACGAGCCCAGUCCUACCAGACUUCAGACCCGCUACCUUGGAGCCAACGAGGUCUCCAACCUACAGCACAGCAGCCCAAAUAUGUGGACCAGGGCAAAUGUACAAUGCAGGAAAAGGAGAGCCCCUCACUACUGGGCAACCGCAGCAGUUUGGCCGGAUCAGUCAGCGGGAGAGCUGCGUUUUUGGAGAGACAAGCAGAGUGGUGUUGUCCGCCUUUAACAAAAGGGGUAGAGUUGAGGAAAGCGCAACUGGAAAUCAAGACUGAACCCCUCACACAAGGCAAAGACACAAAACCUGAAGAAGGCUUCAAACCUCCAGAGUCCCAGAGCCCCAUCCGAGUGCCUGACAGACCUCGCGAAGAGAAAUGGACGCGCAAAAACCUGGGGUCCUCGCUGUCGCCUUCCUCGUCACCCAUCCUGAGGUCCACGGCUGACAGCGCUCAGCCUUCCUGGAUGGAACUGGCCAAAAGGAAGUCCAUGGCGUGGAGUGACAAGACCAUGGACUGAGGAUUCUUUUUAUUAUUUAGUUCCCUAAGAAUCAUAGCACACUUACCUGUCUUUUUGAAAGCUGAAAUGAAAAAUGGGCCUCUUUUGAGGAGGUUUUAUAUAGCCACUACUACUUUGGAUACAUACAAUUCUGCCAUUUUAAAGGAAGACAGUCAAGAAGCUCUAAGAGCAAAUGAAAGUCCUCAGAGAAACUUAUGACAGCGCAAAAAUAUUUCAACCACAGUGGAAUGGUUGUCUGUUUAUGUGUGCCCUGCGAUUGGCUGGUAGCCAGUUCAGGUGUUCCCUGCCUGCUGCCCGAAGUCAGCUGGGAUAGGCUCCAGAACCGCCUGCGAUGCUCGUGAGGAUAAGCGGUUCAGAAAAUGAAUAGAUGGAUAUAAUAAUUGAUGUAUAUUUGUAAUAAUUAACACAUGUUCAACUGUUGCAUUCCUUAAAUGUAGUAUGGAAACAGAAAUGGGAAAGCUGCUGUAGGCAAACCACAAUUUAGUGGAUGACAGGGUAAAAAAAAAAAAAAAACUUAAAUUCAAGUGUAAUUCUUUCCAAAGGGUUGUGUAUUGAACUGUACUAUACUGUAAAAUGUCCAUGUUAUUUGCCACUCCAACACUUUGAAAUAAAGAAUAUUUCUGGAUAUAA